GUAAUUUAUAAUUUCAAAGACCUCUACAGACAUUUCGUUCGUCAUUUUCACUAUGUGAUUAUUCCAAAAAGAGUGAUUUCAUUCGACAAAGUAUGACAUAAUAAAGUAAGACAGGAAGAAGCUACACUCAAAAAAAUUCCUACGAACAUCCUGCAAGAAUGCAGCGAGUCCUCAGCUUCCAAAUGACCCGCAAUAUCGACGAGUCGAGUGAAUUUGUAACGAAACGAUUAUGUUGCUCGUUUCUCUUCUCGAUCGGUUUCCUCUGUCUUCUCUGUGGCUUUUUAUUAGGCCGCUUUGCCGCCGAGAGAUCGAUAGAAACUCGAGUGCAAAAGACACGGAACGAAUUGGCCGGAAAUGGCCUCCGGACAACGGAGCAUCUUCAGCAAAUAGCGCUUCUAGAAUUGACGAAAGCGUCGUUCGACUACGAACGUGCCAUAAAUUGGCAGGCACCCGACUUAAUAGAAGCUAACAUACGACGUAUCAACGGAUUCUUUUCCAAUUUAUCCUUUGUUCAUGAAGUAACCAAUUAUAGGUUUUGCGUUCGCGCAACUGUUCGCGGCUCACGCGAAUCAGAUAGAUACAUCAUCUUAUCGGCUAACGAAGACGGUAUCGCGAUAGCUCUAGAAUUAGCGCAUGUCCUGGACAGAAUUUAUUCCACGCAUGAUUGGCGGCCACGACGAAGCCUGAUUUUCUGUGUGUCUCUGAUAUCCUUAGAUGUUUGUCCACAGACUUUGCCUACUUUUAUACGACGAAAAGUCAUGGCUUACGUAGCCGUGCAUGGCCGUCUUACGCGAGCUAAUGAACACGUGGCUUUAUCCGGAUCCGACGUGAUACGAUCAAUAGCCGUCGAAGCCAUCAAGACAAUCCCUGAUCGCAAUUGGACAUAUCUCGAACAUGAAGUGGUUGGUCCCCGCCUUUCUCUGAAUAUUCCGCAAGCGAUAUUUUUAUUCAACGAUAGUAAUUCUGCAAAUAGUCAUAAUCAAAGUUUACGGUCACGCGGUAUAAUUCUGGCACAGAUGAUUAGUCAAACUAUGUGGCGACUGUCCGAAAGUAUAGUUAUUGAAUGGGAUCCAAAGUAUUUUAACAAAACUAUUAACGAGGUACUGGAAUCAAUCGACAACAACAAAUUUCAAGACGCAAAGGAGAAGUUGAAGAGAAUAUUGAAAAUUCUGCUUGCAGCAGUGAAAGAUCUUCAUAUAAAAAUCGACCAGAUAGAGAAUACUCAGUCACUACAUGUAAGGAUAUGGAACGAUUUGCUUUUGGACCUGGAUAAGGCGCUUUUAUGCUUCGAUGAAAAUUUGCAUCGUUCUAAAACUGAUUUGACGACAUUUCGCAAACAAUUACUCGAAUCUAACAGCGAUACUUUGAAUCACCUCGACGAGAUGGCGAAAUGUUACGAAGAUGUUAUACAAGUUUUGCAAGAGAGAAAAAACAUAAAUAUCGACAACAUUCAUUGUUAUGCAAUAUAAUAUAUUGUUAUAACA